AAAUUUCAUAUUGUUUUCGACUUAUAUAGUUAUAUGAUGGCCAAGUUUGUCACUCUGUGUUUGGUUUUUCUGGUGCUAGUUGUGAUUGAUGGAGCACGAACUCCACCAGGAAUAGCUAAGAAUCCAAGCAAUGCAAGUUGUAAAAAGAAGGAAUUCAAGAACUGUUACAAUCUUGUUCAUGUGUGUCCCAAGUUUUGCCCUGAUUCUUGCCAUGUCGAGUGUGCUUCCUGCAAACCUAUAUGUGGCCCCGAAAGUCCAACCGUUUCACCACCAGAUUCUCAGACUCCCCCUAAGUCUCCCAAACCUUCUCCGACGCCAAAACCAUCACCACCUACACCUAAACCUCCCACGCCUUCUCCAUCAACGCCUAAACCACAAUCACCUACACCUAAACCUCCCACGCCUUAUCCAACUCCUUCUCCAUCAACGCCUAAACCAAGCGUGCCUUCACCUAGUCCACCACCUCCCUCACCUGCUCCUACUACUCCAUCAGCGCCUAAACCAUCACCUCCCACGCCUGCUACACCUUAUCCAACGCCUUCUCCAUCAACGCCUAAACCAAGCGUGCCUUCGCCUAGUCCACCACCCCCCUCACCUGCUCCUGCUACUCCAUCAGCACCUGUGCCUAGUACACCCCCCUCAACUACGCCUACUCCUACCACGCCAUCAACACCCACGCCUCCUCCCCCGUCACCUACUCCACCACCUCCUAGCCCUUAUCCUACUACUCCUUCGACACCAUCCCCAGUAAGCCCGACCCCUGAUUCAGCUUCAUCUCCAGCAAAGGCCAAGUGCAAGAACCAAAACUACCCUCAGUGUUACAAUGUGCAGCAUACAUGCCCUAGCGCAUGUCCUGGUGGAUGUCAAGUCGAUUGUGUCACUUGUAAACCAGUCUGCAAUUGUGAUAAGCCAGGAGCUGUUUGCCAAGACCCUCGAUUCGUUGGAGGCGAUGGCAUUACCUUCUACUUCCACGGCAAAAAAGACCAAGACUUUUGCCUAGUCACCGACUCCAACCUACACAUCAAUGGUCAUUUCAUUGGCAAAAGAAACCAAAAUAUGCAGAGGGACUUCACUUGGGUUCAAUCAAUUGCCAUCUUCUUCGACACUCACACAUUAUACCUUGGUGCUCAGAAAACUGCAACAUGGGAUGAUACAGUCAACCAUCUAGAACUCUCACUUGAUGGUGAAUCCAUUCAUAUCCCUGAAACAGAAGGCGCGGUUUGGAAAUCAGAAGCUGUCCCAAAUGCAUCCAUCACUAGGAUUAGUAACACUGACAAUGUGAUCAUAGAAGUUGAUGGUAUGUUCAAAAUCACAGCCAAUGUGGUACCAAUCACGGAACAUGAAUCACUGGUACACAAUUAUGGCAUUACUCAAGAUAACUGCUUUGCUCAUCUCGAUCUCGGGUUUAAGUUCUACUCAUUGAGUGAUCAAGUGAGUGGAGUCCUGGGACAGACUUAUAGAGAUGAUUAUGUGAGCAGGGUUUCUAUGGGUGUGUCAAUGCCUGUACUGGGAGGUAACAAAGAGUUCGCAACUUCAAGCCUCUUUGCCACUGACUGUUCUGUAGGUCUGUUUAAGGGCAGUCAGAGAAAUAGUCAUGAAGCUUCAUCUUUGGCUCUGGAAUUGCCAAGCUUGACAUGUGGUAGCCAUCAGAAUGGCAGAGGAGUUAUCUGCAAGAGAUAAUUGUAUUUCGAUUUCAUUGCAUGCAGCUCAAACAAGGGACUGCAGCUGAUACACUAUUUACUAAAGAAAUCUUCUGAAUUUGAUAAUGUCUUUUAAUUCAUGAAUAAGGUUGGAAUCGACCAUUUAUGUUCAAGAUGUAACUCUUCCAAUACAAUCAACACGGAAUUUGAGUA